CUGGGAUCUCAGUCAGGCGUGAAAUCGCUUGCUGAGGGACAGGGUCAGGAUGAUGGCUGCCGCCCGUGUUGGUGGAGACGAGCAGCAUCUGUCGUGUGAGAUCUGCACCAACGCCUACUCGAGCACCGGACGCCGGACGCCCCAAGUGCUCAGAUGUGGUGAGGAGGGCAGUCAGUCACGGAAGGGGGAGGGCGAAGCAGCGCAACUUGUGAGUGCUGUCUGUCUGCCUGUCUGCCUGUCUGUCUGUCUGUCUGUCAGGCCACUCGUACUGCGCAGACGUGAGGGGUGGAGAAGGAACACUCGAAUCGGGCAGAUCUGAUGUGUGUAUGGUGUGUGUGCAGUGUAUUGGUGACCUCCGCCGUCAUGCCGCCAACAACGUCAUCACAUGCGCAAACCGAUGCGGGCAAGACACUCAAGAUGACUCAUGAGAGGACGACCUGUAACAGUGUGCCGUGUGUGUGAUCGAUAAGGGUGGCGACGCCAGCCGACCAAGAGGUACAGAAAUGCUACCAGCUGACAAAAGCAGUGGAGGCAAAGGAGCAGCAAGGUGGACAGACAAACACACGAGUGAAUGCGAAGCACCCUGCCCACCGAUCCGUUUAUGCGUGCAGAGCGUCAGCAGUUGGGUCUUCUGCACAAGUGCGCCACCGCCGCCCACUCACUGAGCCCGCCGGAGGUGGCGGUGGUGGUGCUGAUGUGCGGCCUCUCACACGCAAUGGACACUCUGCCCAACAUGCGCAGCCGUCUGCACGGCUACCUGAGGGUCAGUCAGAUCCACACUCACAGACGCCACCAAUGCGGUCCUUUCUGUGUGCUUAUGGUCUGCAGUCGUCCAUUGAGGGCAGUAUGGUUAGCAGGCUGCACGAGAUGUGCAUCGCCAAGUGGAUCAAUGCGGGCAGCAAGUCACUCCGGCUGAUAUACCAGUCAGUAUGUCGCACAUCGAUAGCGUAGCCAAGAAGCCAUCGCAUAUCUGUGUGUGUGUGUGUGUGUGUGUGCCAUUCCCAGAUCGUCGCGUGACGGGCCGUCGUAUGGCGAUCUGCUGCGGUGUGUGGGCGACACGAAGGGCCUGGUGUUCGUCAUCCACAAGCCCCCAUACACGUUCGGCGCCUUCAUCAGUGCCGGCCUGCAGCUGCCCGACGACCCGACAGACGAGAACAUCUACGGCUGCGAUGGGUGGGAGUUCUCGCUGGCCGGCCACUUCUCCACACCCAAGAUCACCACGAUGGAAGGCAGCCGGACAAUGUUCGUGGCGGGGCGGGAGGGGACAGGGAAUGGGGCGAAGCUGGAGAUCGUUGGGUUCGGUGUGUGGCUGGGGUUGGGCUGUGAGGGUGGCGCUGCUGAUGAUAUGCGCAGCUGCCAUCACUUCAUCCUCAGCGAUUAUCUGCCUGAGGGCUAUGUGGGGGUGAGGGAUGAGCAUGGCCUUGCUGUGUUUGGGGGCAGUCAGUUCUUCAUGGCUGAUGAAGUGGAAGUGCUUACUGUGGUGUGAGAGUGAGGCAGAGGUCAGAUUGAUUGAGGGCUGCAUGGGCAUGGCACGCUUUGAUGGCAAAUGAGUGUAUGUGUGCUGCCUUUAUCCAUCUACGUCACGUUUUUUGGCCAAUGGAACGUGUUCAGUGAGGGGUCAGUGAAUGGGGUUGCGAAGCUGAGUCUCGCAUCGCUCCGUGGCUGUGGUUGGGCUGUGGCGCUGCUGCUGACAUGCGCAGCUGCCAACAGUUCAUCCCCAGCUGGGGGGUGCCUGAGGGCUAUGUGGGGAUGAGCAAUGAGCAUGGCCUUGCUGUGUUUGGGGGCAGUGCGACAUUCAUGGCUGAGGAAAUAGAGGUGCUCACUGUGGUGUGAGAGUGACGCCUGAGAGAUCAGAUUGAAUGAGACAUGCAUACAAUUUCUCAACGUGGCACGCUUUGGUGUAUAUGUGUGUAUACUGCCUUUAUCUAGCUGUGCGAGGCUUUGUGUUUUUGGCCGUGUGCGUCAGACCAGAGCUGGGUGUUGUCUGUGGUGUCAUGGGCCUCUGCUUGCAGUCUUGUUUUGCCUGCGGCCGUGUAGUGAUGUGUCUGAUGUGGUGACGCAGCCAGGCAGCGAGCUGGCCAGCUGGUUGACGAUGGAACACUCAUGAAUGGCCCGACCAUUUUUGACAGUCAUGGCUGGUCAGUGCUUCGUUGUAAAUGCACCAUCAUGAGACAUGGGUGUAUGACGAUUGACUGAACGACCCACUCUUUCUGCAUGUCCUUUCUCCCGUGAUGAGUCCAUUCAUCCCAUCAAUCAAUCGGGUGACUACGUCUCUCUCUGUCUCUCUCUCU